CAAAAGAAUUGGGGUGUAAAUCGAAUAACCAAAAUAUUAGGCACAACCGAAAAUCGCUGAAGAUCAAGAAACUACUCUGUUGUAAUUGUUACAGUAGAAGGGAGAGCAAGGAAGGAGAAGAUGCAGUGGUACGUCGUCGCUUCGCUGCUCACCAUUCUUACAAGCUCUCAGGGAAUAUUGACGACAUUGUCACAGAGUAAUGGGGGAUACAAAUAUGACUAUGCCACUGUGCCUUUUCUUGCUGAAGUUUUUAAGCUUAUUGUUUCUGCUAUUCUAUUAUGGAGAGAAUGCAAGAGAUCACCUCCUCCUAAAAUGACCACGGAAUGGAAGAGUGUUCGUUUGUACCCAAUCCCAUCAAUCAUAUAUCUCAUUCACAACAAUGUUCAGUUUGCUACAUUGACGUAUGUAGAUACAUCGACAUAUCAGAUUAUGGGAAACUUGAAAAUUGUUACGACGGCAUUAUUAUUCAGGUUGUUUUUGAAAAGGAAGCUCUCUAAUUUGCAGUGGAUGGCUAUUGUUCUAUUGGCUGUUGGAACCACCACGAGCCAGGUGAAAGGCUGUGGAGAAUCUUCUUGCGACUCGCUCUUUUCAUCACCAAUUCAGGGAUACAUGUUGGGCAUGUUGUCUGCAUGUCUUUCUGCCCUCGCAGGUGUUUAUACAGAAUUCUUGAUGAAGAAGAACAAUGAUAGCUUAUACUGGCAGAAUGUUCAAUUAUACACAUUUGGUGCUAUAUUCAACCUUGCAAGGCUUGUCUUUGAUGAUUUUAGAAGUGGGUUUGAUAAAGGACUAUGGUGGCAACGCCUUUUUUAUGGAUACAGUAUCACUACUUGGAUGGUAGUGUUAAAUCUGGGGUCGACAGGGCUUUUAGUAUCAUGGUUAAUGAAAUAUGCAGACAAUAUUGUAAAGGUAUACUCCACAUCCAUGGCAAUGUUACUGACAAUGGUAUUAUCUGUGUUCCUUUUCGAUUUCAAGCCAACAGUGCAGCUCUUUUUGGGAAUUAUUGUCUGCAUGAUGUCACUGCAUAUGUAUUUUGCCCCUCCAACCACACUUGUGGAUUUGCCCUUGACAAUUAAAGCAGCUCCGGAAAGCACUGUCGAGGUUUCUGUUGAUCGAAAAACAGAUUCUCGAGCAUCUUCAUGAAAGCAAACAAUUUCUCGCCCUUUUUGGGAAAUAUUCUCUGCAUGAUGCCGCUGCCUACGUAUUUUGCCUCUCCUUGCGUGGUUGUGGAUAUGCCAUUGACAUCAAAAGCAGCACUAAUAGUUCAAUCAAGAUUUCUGUUGGUUGAAGAACAGAUUCUCGAGUCUCUUCAAGAAAAGUAAGCAAUUUCUUGGUAUGUCUACGUUUCCUAGGAAAAUUUACGACGACCUUCUGUGAUGUAUUGAAAUGCGUAGAUUGAUAAUCGCACUAUGUAGGAAUAGUGAAAUUAAAAAUCGAAGGGAUUCUAAGAGAAGCUAGUAUAGAAUUUUGUUUGAACGCUAAGCAAGGCGAAAAUUCAAUGUAGUGUAGUAGCAUGUUUGUUCAGUUUCUAAGUUGAAUUCUAUAACUAAAUUUAGUAUUUCAAACUGUAUAUCCUAAUAGUUAA